AUGUCCAAGGCUGUUCUCUCUCGAAUCAAACCUCGUCACUGCCUCAAAGCUUCCUCUUCUUCUUUUCCUCCACGCAUCAAAAACCUCAUCACCGACGUCAUCCAUAUCCUCAAAACCCAUCAAUGUCGCGACUCUCUCGAAUCACGCUUCGCUGAAUCCGAAGUCAUUGUUUCUGAUGUUGCCCAUUUCGUUAUUGAUCGAAUUCAUGACCCUGAACUUGGUUUAAAGUUCUUUGACUGGGCUUCCACUAUACCCUUUUCUUCUCCUCUUAAUGGAGUUGCUUAUUCUUCUCUUCUCAAGCUCAUGGCCAAGUACAGAGUGUUCUCGCAGAUGGAAUUGGUCUUGGAGAGUAUGAAAGCUCAAAACUUGAAACCUACCUUUGAAGCAUUAGACAAUGUUAUUUGUGUGUAUGCUGAACAUGGGUUUGUUAAUAGAGCUCUUCAGUUGUUCAAUACGGUUCGUGAACUGCAUAAUUGUUUUCCAAGUGUUUAUGCUAACAAUUCAUUGCUUAAUUGUUUGGUGAAAAAUGGUAAAGUUGAUAUUGCACUUGAAAUGUAUGAUAAAAUGCUUCAGAAGGGUGGUUAUGAUGGAAUGGAUGUGGUUGUUGAUAACUAUAGUACCUCAAUUGUGGUGAAGGGUUUGUGUGAUCUUGGGAAGGUUGAGGAAGGUAGGAGGUUGAUUAAUGAUAGAUGGGGAAAAGGUUGUGUUCCUCAUGUAGUGUUUUAUAAUGUGAUCAUUGAUGGAUAUUGCAAGAUGGGUAAUCUCAGAGGUGCUACUAAAGUUCUAGAGGAAUUGAAAUUGAAGGGUUUUUUGCCAACGGUAGAAACUUACGGGGCUUUGAUUGCUGGAUUUUGUAAAGUUGGGAAUUUCCAAGUAGUUGAUCAACUUCUGAAAGAAAUGAAUGUGAUGGGAUUGAAUGUGAAUGUACUAGUGUUCAAUAAUAUUAUUGAUGCUCAAUACAAGCAUGGUUUGGUGGAAGAAGCUUCUGAGACAUUGAGAAGGAUGGAUGAGAUUGGUUGUGAGCCAGAUAUUACGACUUAUAAUAUUCUGAUUAACUCUUCGUGUAGCGAUGGAAGGAUUAAAGAAGCUGAAGAGUUCAUAGAGAGGGCGAAAGAAAGGAGAUUGCUGCCUAAUAAGUAUAGUUAUACACCCAUCAUGCAUGCUUACUGUAAACAAGGGGAUUAUGUUAUGGCAUCGGAUAUUCUUUUUAAGAUUGCUGAAAGUGAAACAGGAGGUAAACCGGACUUGGUUUCUUAUGGAGCUUUUAUCCAUGGAAUUGUCACUGUUGGGGAAAUUGAUGUUGCAUUGAUGGUUCAAGAGAAAAUGAUUCAGAAGGGUGUAUUUCCUGAUGCUCAGAUUUACAAUGUUUUGAUGAGUGGUCUCUGCAAGAAAGGAAGAUUUCCUGCUGCCAAACAACUACUUUCAGAAAUGCUUGAUCAAAACUUGCAACCUGAUGCACAUGUUUAUGCCACCUUGGUAGACGGGUUUAUUCGAAACGAUGAACUUGAUAAGGCAACAACGCUUUUUGAAGUUGUAAUGAGUAAGGGUAUAGACCCUGGCAUUGUAGGGUAUAAUGUCAUGAUAAAGGGUUUAUGUAAAUUUGGAAAGAUGUCUGAUGCUGUAUCAUACUUAAAUAAGAUGAAAGUUGCGCAUCAUACUCCUGAUGAAUACACUUAUUCCACAGUUAUAGAUGGAUAUGUAAAACAACAUGACUUAGAUAGUGCACUCAAGAUGUUUGGACAGAUGAUGAAACAGAAAUGCAAGCCAAAUGUAGUUGCCUACACCUGCCUGAUCAAUGGAUUCUGCAAGAAAGCAGACAUGAGCAGGGCUGAAAAAGUUUUCAUAGGGAUGGAAUCUUUUAAUUUAGAGCCUAAUGUUGUCACAUACACCAUACUUAUUGGUGGUUUUUGUAAGGCCGGUAAACCUGAAAAAGCUGCAUCGUUUUUUGAGUUAAUGCUGAUUAGAAAUUGUGUUCCAAAUGAUACUACAUUCCACUAUCUCAUAAAUGGCUUAACAAAUAUUACAGACAGUACAUUUCUUAUCAGAAAAAAUGAGGAAAAUGGCAAGUCCUUGAUUUUGGAUUUCUUUGCAACAAUGAUAUCAGAUGGAUGGAGUGAAGUGAUUGCUGCUUAUAAUUCUAUUAUUGUCUGUCUUUGUAAGCACGGAAUGGUUGACACUGCCCAGUUGUUGCAAACUAAGAUGCUGAGGAAGGGAUUUCUUAUGAACUCUGUCUGUUUCAGUGCCAUGCUACAUGGCUUGUGUCAAACAGGAAAGUCAAAAGAGUGGAAGGACGUUAUAUCCGGCGAUAUUAAUAAGAUUGAAUUCCAAACUGCUUUCGAGUACUCUCUGAAAUUAGACAAAUACCUUUAUCAAGGAAGGCUCUCAGAAGCAUCGUUUAUUUUACAGACCUUGAUUGAAGACUCCAAGUUUUCUGAUCAACAAGACAAAGAUCAACGGGUUACAAGCUUGCAGUAA